UCUGUCAGUCUGCAGCGCUGCUAUCAUGCAUGGCAGAAAGGUGUGCGGGUAGUACUCAGUGGUCGCCAUGCUGCCCGGGGUCGGUGUGUUCGGGACGAGUCUGACGGCGCGGGUGAUCAUCCCGCUGCUGAAGAGUGAGGGCUUCUCAGUGGAGGCGCUAUGGGGGCGCACUCAGGAGGAGGCCGAGGAGCUGGCCAAGGAGAUGGACGUGCCCUUCUACACCAGCCGGAUCGAUGAUGUGCUUCUGCACCAAGAUGUGGAUCUAGUGUGCAUCAACCUGCCACCACCACUUACCCGCCAGAUCGCAGUGAAGACCUUGGGUAUCGGCAAGAACGUCAUCUGCGACCGCACUGCCACACCGCUGGAUGCUUUCCGGAUGAUGUCCGCUGCACAGUACUAUCCCAAGCUGCUCAGCAUUAUGGGAAAUGUUCUGCGCUUUCUUCCAGCAUUUGUACGCAUGAAAGAGUUGCUCGAGGAAGGCUUUGUGGGAGAGCUGCUGGUGUGCGAGGCACAGGUCCAUGGCGGCAGCCUCCUGGGCAAAAAGUACAACUGGAGCUGUGAUGACCUGAUGGGUGGUGGAGGACUUCACUCUGUGGGUAGCUACAUCAUUGACCUACUAACAUUUCUGACCGGCCGGCGUGCCACCAAGGUACAUGGCUUUCUCAAGACGUUUGUCAAACAGACAGACCACAUCAAGGGCAUCAGGCAGAUCACCAGCGAUGACUUCUGCACUUUUCAGAUGGUGCUGGAAGGCGGUGCAUGCUGUACUGUCACACUCAACUUUAAUGUGCCUGGUGAAUUUCGACAGGAAGUAGUUGUGAUUGGAACAGCUGGCAGGCUCACUGUUAGUGGUGCUGACUUGUACGGCCAAAAGAACAGCAGCCAAGAAGGAUGUGAGCUUCUCCUUAAGGAUAACACAUCUUUGGGUAAUGCCUCACUGCCCGACAAGGCCUUCAGUGAUAUUCCAUCCCCAUACCUUACCGGAACAAUCUGCAUGGUCCAGGCUGUACGACAGGCCUUUCAAGGCCAGGAGGAUAGGCGGACUUGGGACGGGCGGCCGCUUACUAUGGCUGCCACUUUUGAGGACUGUUUGUAUGCUCUGUGUGUAGUGGACACAAUAAAAAAAUCCAACCAGUGCGGUGAAUGGCAGAACAUUGUAGUGAUGACUGAAGAACCUGAGGUCAGUCCAGCCUACCUGAUCAGUGAGGCCAUGCGACGUAGCAGGAUGUCUCUGUACUGCUGAAGCUGCUUGAUGAAUCACUUAGCGGAUGUUUUAAAUGAUGUUAAAGUGGAAAACGUGCUCCCUUUAGGACUGAAGAAGAAUUAAAGUCUGCUGCCUUUUUACUCGUUAAUAGAAUGAAUGUGCAGAAAUGCACACAGCAAUAUAUUCUCUGAACACCACAGCUCUUGAAAAAUAUUACACUGGAUUCAUGAACGUGAAAACUGUGUAACAUUAUAGUUCUUACUGGAAAAGCUUUGUAAAACAUGGUUCUGUCCUUCCUGCAUGGAAAUGAAUGUCCAGAACAGUGGAUAUUACUUACUCUGUUCCCUGUGUGUGUACUGUGUGUGCACUGUGUAUGUAGUAUAUUACAAAAAGCCCAAAAAUCAAUAGUUUGGCUGGUAGGCCAUUUAGAGAGGAACUCCCCUCUGGUUAUGUAUGCAAUAAAUCAGCAUAGAUUUACCCUGUGUCUC